AUGGAACCAAGGAACAAUGUUACUUACUUUGUCCUGUUGGGCCUCACCCAGAAUCCAAAAGAGCAGAAAGUUCUUUGUGUUUUGUUCUUGCUCUUCUACAUUUUGACCACUGGAAAUCUGCUCAUUAUCAUAACUGUCAGUCUAAGUAAGACUUUGGACUCACCAAUGUACUUUUUUCUUGCUAGUUUAUCAUUUGUGGAUAUUAUUUAUUCAACAACAAUUUCUCCCAAAUUGGUUUCAGACUUGUUUUUGGGGAAGAAUACCAUAUCCUUCAAGUUUUGCAUGAUUCAGCUCUUUACAGAACACUUUUUGGGUGGAUCAGAGGUCUCUCUUCUAUUGGUAAUGGCCCUUGACCGCUACGUGGCUAUCUGCAAGCCUUUGCAUUAUUUGCUUAUUAUGAGGAAAUGGGUGUGUGUUGUAUUGUUGAUAGUGGCUUGGUUUGGAGGGUUUUUGCACUCAAUAAUUCAACUCAGCACUAUUUAUGGGCUUCCAUUUUGUGGUCCUAAUGUCAUUGAUCAUUUUAUGUGUGACAUGUACCCUUUAUUAGAGCUUGUCUGUAUUGACAUCUACGUCAUUGGCGUCUUAGUGGUGGCCAAUGGAGGACUGAUGUGCUCAAUUAUAUUGCUGUUCUUAUUCAUCUCGUAUGGUGUCAUCUUGCACUCUCUAAAGAAUCUUAGUCGAGAAGGAAGGCAGAAAGCUCUCUCAACCUGUGGCUCCCACAUCACUGCAGUUGUCUGCUUCUUUGCUCCCUGUAUUUUCAUAUAUGCAAGACCUGCUAAGACUUUUCCUAUUGACAAAUCAGUAAGUGUAUUUUAUACAGUCAUAACUCCCAUGCUGAACCCAUUAAUCUAUACUCUGAGAAACUCAGAAAUGACAAAUGCUAUGAAGAAGCUCUGGAGAAGAAAAGUAAUAUAA